AAAAUAGGAAUCUGUCAUAUUUUGAGGUUAGAAUCAACUUUUCUUCCAUAUAAUGAACGUGGAUGAAUUAAAUUUUAAAGGAAAUGAUCCCGGAGCUGUAAAACAUGGAAAUUUCAUAAAUUACUAUCAAUUUCAUCCCCCCAAUUCCAGAAUAAAUCUAUUACCAAGUGAUGCUUGGAAAAGUUUCGAUGAAAUGGUUUGUUUGGAUGUUGGUUGUAAUGCGGGGGACCUCACAAUAGCUUUACAUAAAUAUUUUACAGAAUUACAUAAAACCAUCAAAAUUCUCGGUGUAGAUUUAGACCCCAUUUUAAUAAAACGAGCACAAGUUAACAAUAAAAACGAGAAUAUAACAUUUACCCAUUUAGAUUUUACAAAUGAUUCAGAAAGAAUAGAAAUACUAAAAAAUUAUUUAAAAGAUAAAAAUAAAUUUGAUGUAACUUUUUGUUUUUCGAUAACAAUGUGGAUUCAUUUAAAUAACGGAGAUGAAGGAUUGAUUCAUUUCAUUAAAAGCAUAUGUGAAAUAUCAAAAAUGAUUGUUAUUGAACCACAACCAUGGAAAUGUUACAAAACUGCCAUAAGAAGGAUGAAAAAAUCAAAUGAGACUUUUCCAAGAUACGAAAAACUUCAAAUUCGUCACCAAGUAGAAGAGAAAAUUGAGGAAACUUUAUUACAACUAAAUUUCAUUAAAAUUAAUGAAAUUUUUGAACCAAAAUGGGGGAGAAAAUUACAAAUAUUUUCACAAGCAUGAA